AUGUACCAAAUGAAUGCUAAAAUGCACUUUACGUUUGUUUUUGCACUCUUGGUGGUGUCUUUCAACUUGGAUGUGCUGGGCAAGAAUUUGAAAUACAGGAUUUAUGAGGAGCAGAGGGUUGGAUCGGUAAUUGCAAGACUAUCAGAGGAUGUGGCUGAUGUGUUAGUUAAGCUACCUAAUCCUUCUACUGUUCGCUUCCGAGCCAUGCAACGGGGAAAUUAUCCUCUACUCGUGGUCAACGAGGAUAACGGGGAAAUCAGCAUAGGAUCAAAAAUUGACCGCGAACAACUAUGCCAGAAAAACUUGAACUGUUCCAUAGAGUUUGAUGUGAUCACUCUGCCCACUGAGCAUCUGCAGCUUUUCCAUAUUGAAGUUGAAGUGCUGGAUAUUAAUGACAAUUCGCCCCAGUUUUCAAGAUCUCUCAUACCUAUUGAGAUUUCAGAAAGCGCGGCCGUGGGGACCCGUAUCCCUCUAGACAGUGCAUUUGAUCCAGAUGUGGGGGAAAAUUCCCUCCACACGUACUCUCUCUCUGCCAAUGAUUUUUUUAAUAUCGAGGUUCGAACCAGGACUGAUGGAGCGAAGUAUGCAGAACUCAUAGUGGUCAGAGAGCUGGAUCGGGAACUGAAGUCAAGCUAUGAGCUUCAGCUCACCGCCUCCGACAUGGGGGUGCCUCAGAGGUCUGGCUCAUCCAUACUAAAAAUCAGUAUUUCAGACUCUAAUGACAACAGCCCUGCUUUUGAGCAGCAGUCUUAUAUAAUACAACUCUUAGAAAACUCCCCUGUUGGCACUUUGCUCCUUGAUCUGAAUGCCACUGAUCCAGAUGAGGGCGCUAAUGGGAAAAUUGUCUAUUCCUUCAGCAGUCAUGUGUCUCCCAAAAUUAUAGAGACUUUUAAGAUUGAUUCAGAAAGAGGACAUUUGACUCUUUUCAAGCAGGUGGAUUAUGAAAUCACCAAAUCCUAUGAGAUUGAUGUUCAGGCUCAAGAUUUGGGUCCAAAUUCAAUCCCAGCACAUUGCAAAAUUAUAAUUAAGGUUGUGGAUGUUAAUGACAAUAAACCUGAAAUUAGUAUAAACCUCAUGUCCCCUGGAAAAGAAGAAAUUUCUUAUAUUUUUGAAGGGGAUCCUAUUGACACAUUUGUUGCCUUGGUCAGGGUUCAGGACAAGGAUUCUGGGCUGAAUGGAGAAAUAGUUUGUAAGCUUCAUGGACAUGGUCACUUUAAACUUCAGAAGACUUAUGAAAACAAUUAUUUAAUCUUGACGAAUGCCACGCUGGAUAGAGAAAAGAGAUCUGAAUACAGUUUGACUGUAAUUGCUGAGGACAAGGGGACACCCAGUCUCUCUACAGUAAAACAUUUUACUGUUCAAAUCAAUGAUAUAAAUGACAAUCCACCCCACUUCCAGAGAAGUCGAUAUGAAUUUGCAAUCUCAGAGAAUAACUCACCCGGGGCAUAUAUCACCACCGUUACAGCCACAGAUCCUGAUCUUGGAGAAAAUGGGCAAGUGACAUACACCAUUUUGGAGAGUUUUAUCCUGGGAAGUUCCAUAACUACAUAUGUAACCAUUGACCCAUCUAAUGGAGCCAUCUAUGCCCUCAGAAUCUUUGACCAUGAGGAGGUGAGUCAGAUCACUUUUGUGGUCGAAGCAAGAGAUGGUGGAAGUCCAAAGCAACUUGUAAGCAAUACCACAGUUGUGCUCACCAUCAUUGAUGAAAAUGACAAUGUCCCUGUGGUUAUAGGGCCUGUACUGCGCAAUAACACGGCAGAAAUCUCCAUCCCCAAAGGGGCUGAAAGCGGCUUUCAUGUCACAAGAAUUAGGGCAAUUGACAGAGACUCUGGUGUGAAUGCAGAACUCAGCUGCUCCAUAGUAGCAGGUAAUGAGGAGAAUAUCUUUGUAAUUGAUCCACGAUCAUGUGACAUCCAUACCAACGUAAGCAUGGAAUCUGUUCCCUACACAGAAUGGGAGCUCUCAGUUGUCAUCCAGGACAAAGGCAAUCCUCAGCUGCAUACCAAAGUCCUUCUGAAGUGUGUGAUCUUUGAAUAUGCAGAGUCGGUGACAAGUACAGCAAUGACCUCAGUAAGCCAGGCACCCUUGGAUGUCUCCAUGAUUAUAAUCAUUUCCUUAGGAGCAAUUUGUGCAGUGUUGUUGGUUAUUAUGGUGCUGUUUGCAACUAGGUGUAACCGAGAAAAAAAAGACACUAGAUCCUACAACUGCAGGGUAGCAGAAUCGACAUACCAGCAUCACCCUAAAAGACCCUCCAGGCAGAUCCACAAAGGGGACAUCACAUUGGUGCCUACCGUUAACGGCACCCUGCCCAUCAGAUCUCAUCACAGGUCAUCUCCGUCUUCAUCUCCCACCUUAGAAAGAGGGCAAAUGGGCAGCCGGCAGAGUCACAACAGUCACCAGUCCCUCAACAGUUUGGUGACCAUCUCAUCAAACCACGUGCCAGAGAAUUUCUCAUUAGAACUCACCCAUGCCACCCCUGCUGUUGAGGUCUCCCAGCUUCUUUCAAUGCUUCACCAGGGACAGUAUCAGCCAAGGCCAAGUUUUAGAGGAAACAAAUAUUCCAGGAGCUAUAGAUAUGCCCUUCAAGACAUGGACAAAUUUAGCUUGAAAGACAGUGGCCGUGGUGACAGUGAAGCAGGAGACAGUGAUUAUGAUCUGGGGCGAGAUUCUCCAAUAGACAGGCUGCUGGGUGAAGGAUUCAGUGAUCUGUUUCUUACAGAUGGAAGAAUUCCAGCAGCUAUGAGGCUGUGCACGGAAGAGUGCAGGGUCCUGGGACACUCCGACCAGUGCUGGAUGCCGCCGCUGCCCUCACCCUCCUCGGAUUAUAGGAGCAACAUGUUCAUUCCCGGGGAGGAAUUCCCAGCACAGCCCCAGCAGCAGCAUCCGCAUCAGAGUCUUGAGGAUGACGUGCAGCCUGUAGACUCUAGUGAGAAGAAGAAGAGCUUUUCCACGUUUGGGAAAGACUCCCCAAGUGAGGAGGACUCUGGGGACACCAGCACGUCCUCUUUGCUCUCGGAAAUGAGCAGCGUGUUCCAGCGCCUCUUGCCCCCUUCUCUGGACACUUAUUCUGAGUGCAGUGAGAUGGACCGGUCCAACUCACUGGAACGCCGGAAGGGACCUUUGCCAGCCAAGACUGUGGGUUACCCACAGGGGGUGGCGGCCUGGGCAGCCAGUACGCAUUUUCAAAACCCGACCAACAACUCUGGGCCCCCACUUGGAACUCACUCCAGUGUGCAGCCUUCUUCAAAAUGGCUGCCGGCUAUGGAGGAGAUCCCUGAGAAUUAUGAAGAGGAUGAUUUUGACAAUGUGCUUAACCACCUCAAUGACGGCAAACAUGAACUCAUGGAUGCCAGUGAGCUAGUGGCUGAGAUUAACAAACUGCUUCAGGAUGUCCGCCAGAGCUAGGAAAUGUUGGCAGAGCAUUUUUGUUUCCAGGUUUAUGGAAAUAGGAGACAGCAAAAACCCUGAAAGAACUGGCAUUGCCAAAUAGUUGCAUUUAUCAUAAAUGUGUCUGUGUAUAUUGAAUAUUAAAUACUGUAUUUUCGUAUGUACACAAUGCAAGUGUGAUUAUUUUAAUCUGUAUUUUAAAAAUACAUUUGUACCUUAUAUUUAUGUGUAAUUUAACAGACAAAUUUUAUUUUUUUACUCCCAUGACAAACAUGUCUUUCCUAAUCAUGU